UCACGAAGCUUAAGCAUUUACUGCGAGAUUAGUUUGUUUAAAGUAAUUGCACGUAUUUGAUUUCAUAUCAAAAAAAUUUGUUCGAUUUGAAAUGAAAUCGUGCAACGUAAAAAUUUUGAUUUUAUUUUGUAUAAUAACACACCUCACCUUAGGACAAAGAUAUAAUGAAACAAGGGUAAAAGUUAAGGAACUAAUUGAAAAUUUCAAUAUAAAAUUUGGAGUGUCAACAUCAGCGGAACAAUUCGAAGGGGCAUGGAAUGAAUCAGGUAAAGGUGAAACAAUGUGGUCCCAUUUUACUCACGUGCAUCCAGAAAAAAUUGCCGACCACUCAACAACAGACAUUAGUGCCGAUUCAUAUCAUAAUCUCGAACGAGAUAUAAAUAUGCUGAAGUUUGUGGGUUUACAAUUUCAUCGAUUCUCAAUAUCAUGGUCCAGACUUUUACCCACACCAAUAUUGCAUGAUGGUGUCAGCCAAGAAGCGUUACAAUAUUAUCACAAUUUAAUUGAUCAAUUAAUCGCAAAUAAUAUUACACCAAUAGUGACGUUAUCACAUCAAGAUCUACCAAUCGGUGUAAGUGAUUUAGGUGGAUGGACUAAUGCAGUUAUUAUCGAUUAUUUUGAGCAUUUUGCUAGAAUUAUAUUUGAUAAUUUUGCUGAUAAAGUGAAAGUUUGGAUUACUAUUAAUCAACCGGAUUUAACUUGCGCCUAUCAUUAUGAGAAGAAUAUGUUCCCACCUGAUAUGAUGAACACAACGGGAGUCGAAACAUAUUUAUGUUUGCGAAAUUUAUUUCUGGCACAUGCUAGAGUCUACCAUUUAUAUAAAGAAAAAUAUGAUGUGGCGAAUACAGGUCAAAUUGGAAUCUUGACAAGAAUGGAAUGGUUUGAACCGAUGUCAAAUUCUACAGAAGACUUAGAAUUUAUAACAACGUUCCGUAAACUUUUGAAUGGAGUUUUUUCUGAUCCAAUUUUUUCGGAACAUGGGGAUUAUCCAGAAAUUUUAAAAGAAACAGUGGCCAAUAAAAGUAAAGAACAAGGAUUUCAUACAUCACGUUUAAAGUUAUUUACAAAGGAUGAAGUUGAAUAUAUUCGUAAUACUUCGGACUUUUUCGGUUUCAAUUAUUAUACCCCAUUAACGAUUGUAAAAAAAUCCUCUGAAAAUCGUGAUUUAAUAGCGAAAUCAAAUAUUAAAGUUCCAUCAUUUUUUGAUGAUAUUAAUUAUUAUUUUGGCCCAGCUGAUCCAAAUUGGGUGCCUACCGAAUUUAAUCGUGUUCACGACUACCCAGAAGGUUUUAGAAAAAGUUUAGUUUAUGUAAAAAAUACAUACAAUAAUCCAAAAAUUUUUAUAAUGGAAAAUGGUUGUGGAACUAUGCGAGAUACUUUGGACAAUUACAAUUGUGUGAAAUAUUUUCAGGGACAUUUGAAUGCACUUUACGAUGCGGUCGUUAAAGAUGGCUGCAAUGUUCAAUCGUAUGGCAUCUGGAGUCUAUUGGAUGGUUUUGAAUGGGCCGACGGUUACACUAUUCGAUUUGGAUUGUUUCAUACAAAUUUUACAGAUGAAAAACGAUCCACUCAACCAAAAGCAACUGCGCACUUCUUUAAAGAAGUUUUGGAAGGUUUAAAUGUUUUCAAAGAUCCAUUUAUUAUUUCUGAAGAAGUCCAAAGCAGUUCCUCGAAAUUAGAAAUGUUGGUUGAAAUGACCCAAACAAAAGCGUUAAAACAAUGCGCCAACAUUGCAGAAGAGACGAAGGUAGAUUUCGAAAUUGUAUUCAAGGAAAAAUUGUGCUGA